AUGCCACAUAUCCGGGAACGACUUGCAAGCACAGCUCCUGCAGUGGGAGUCUCCAACAUUGUAACGAGGGAGCUGAUUGGUCAGUGCUACCCCGAGACGCACACAAGAGCAUUCGGGAUUGGCGCCAGCGGCGGCUCGCUGGCGUUUGUCGUCAUUGCACCUUUGACGCAGUUUCUACUGGACGUCUACGGCUGGCGAGGAGCCACCAUGCUGCUUGGUUCCCUGUUAUCGCACCUGGUAAUCUGUGGAGCACUGUUCAGAACAAACCAGAAAACAGGCAAAAGAAACGGCGACUACGAGUUGGUUACUGGGGGUACAUCAGCAGUGGACUCGAGUCAGAAACGUCACUCUGUCUUGGCAACCAUGAAAGAUAUUUUUAAGAUUGACUUGUUUACCUCCCCAAAGUAUUGGCUGGUAGUUUUCGUAUUCGUGUGUACGACGGUAACUAACACAGCCUGGGUCGUGUACUUCGCACUGAACGCCACUCUGUCCAAGAGCUUCUCUCUCGCAGAUGCUGCCGCCUUCUUAACGGUGUUCGGCGUUGCAAAGAUAGUUGGAAAUCUCCUAACCGGUCUUUUCGACAGUUGUAAGGCCGUCGGCACGAACGCAUGGAUGGGACUCAGUUUGUUCGCUAGUUCGGCCUGUUAUCUGGUAGAUCCGAUCUUGGUGUCGUAUUGGUCCAUCAUGGUGUACGUCUUCAUCUACGGCUGCUUCCAUUCGUUCUUAUACACUCUCAUGGAUGUCAUAGCCAAGGAAUCUGUUGGCUUGGGGCAAUUGGGAAGUGCUCUGGGUUGGAUCGGAUUGAAAGCAGGCCUCGUCCGAGCUUUAAUCCUCUUCUUUCCAGGAUUAAUCUACGACACAUUCGGCAGUUACACGUUGGCUUUUAUCCUGAUGGCCGCUAUCAACGCGCUAGCACUGGUCGGCCUGUUAGUUCUCGCACGGCUUCAGCGACGGGAAUAA